AGCCUGUUGUAUAGAUGUGUAACAUUUUGUGCAUCUGUAAAUCAUCUGUAAAUCAUCUGUGUUUUUUUGACAGUCCUCCUCUUCCAUCCUCGACUUCUCUCCCUCUCCUGUUUGUUUCUACUACGCAGCCUCCCGUUUCCCACAAUGCUCUGCGAAAUUCACCACCAAGAUGGCCGAGGCAAUGGAGGAAUACGAGAAAGAAGCUGGCUGCGUCCCUAUUCUCCAUCCCGAGGAAAUCAAGCCUCAGAGUCACUACAACCACAGCUACACUGAAAACGUCAGUCGUAAGAACCAUGUGGACGACUACAGCACCUGGGACAUUGUCAAAGCCACACAGUACGGCAUCUUCGAACGCUGCCGGGAGCUGGUGGAGGCAGGGUUCGAUGUUCGGCAGCCAGAUAAGGAAAACGUCACGCUGCUCCACUGGGCUGCCAUCAACAACAGGAUAGACCUGGUCAAGUACUACAUAUCUAAGGGAGCCAUAGUGGACCAGCUGGGAGGAGACCUGAACUCCACACCGCUGCACUGGGCCACCAGACAAGGACAUUUGUCCAUGGUGGUACAGCUCAUGAAGUUUGGUGCUGACCCGUCUUUGAUUGAUGGCGAGGGCUGCAGCUGCAUCCACCUGGCGGCCCAGUUUGGCCACACCUCCAUCGUGGCCUACCUUAUUGCCAAAGGACAGGAUGUGGACAUGAUGGAUCAGAACGGCAUGACUCCUCUGAUGUGGGCCGCCUACAGGACACACAGUGUGGACCCGACCCGACUGUUACUAACGUUCAACGUUUCUGUCAACCUCGGUGACAAGUACCACAAAAACACGGCUCUGCACUGGGCGGUCCUGGCCGGGAACACGACCGUCAUCAGCCUCCUGUUGGACGCUAAUGCUAACGUGGACGCGCAGAACAUCAAGGGCGAAACGCCGCUGGAUCUUGCCAAGCAGAGGAAGAACGUCUGGAUGAUCAACCACCUGCAGGAGGCGCGACAGGCCAAAGGUUACGACAGCCCGUCCUACCUGAAGAGGCUGAAGAUGGACAAGGAGUUCAGACAGAAGGUGAUGCUGGGGACGCCCUUCGUCAUCAUCUGGUUGGUCGGGUUCAUCGCUGACCUGGACGUGGACUCGUGGCUGAUCAAAGGCCUCAUGUACACGGGGGUGUGGGUGGCCGUGCAGUUCCUCUCCAAGGCUUUCUUUGACCACUCCAUGCACAGUGCUCUGCCUCUGGGAAUCUACCUGGCAACCAAGUUCUGGAUGUACACCACGUGGUUCUACUGGUUCUGGAAUGAUCUGCCCUUCGCCACGGUCCACGUGCCCUUCCUGAUAAACACCCUGGCUCUGUUCUACAACUUUGGAAAAUCCUGGAAAUCUGACCCGGGAAUCAUCAAAGCCUCAGAGGAGCAGAAGAAAAAGACCAUCGUGGAGCUGGCAGAGACGGGGAGUCUGGACCUCAGCAUCUUCUGCAGCACCUGCUUGAUACGGAAGCCCAUCAGGUCCAAACACUGCGCCGUCUGCAACCGCUGCAUCGCCAAGUUUGACCACCACUGUCCCUGGGUGGGCAACUGUGUCGGAAGUGGAAAUCACCGUUACUUCAUGGGUUACCUGUUCUUCCUGCUCUGCAUGAUCUGCUGGAUGAUGUACGGCUGCAUCUGCUACUGGAGGGUCAACUGUGCCACCACCUACGCCAAGGACGGGUUCUGGCUGUACCUGACCCAGAUCGCCACCUGCUCCCCGUGGAUAUUCUGGAUGUUCCUCAACAGCGUCUUCCACUUCAUGUGGGUGGCCGUGCUCAUCAUGUGUCAGCUCUACCAGAUCGCUGUUCUGGGAAUCACCACCAACGAGAGGAUGAACGCCCGCAGAUACAAACACUUCAAAGUCACCGCCACCUCCAUCGAAAGUCCGUUCAAUCACGGCUGUAUCAGAAACCUCAUAGAUUUCUUUGAGAUCCGCUGCUGCGGCCUGAUCCGGCCCGUGACCGUAGAUUGGACCACGCAGUACACAAUAGAAUACGACCAGACGACUGGGUCGGGCUACCAGCUGGUGUAGUGGGGGAGAAGAGAAGGUGGACGCGGAGGAAGAGUGGGUGGAGGUGGGGGGUGGAAGGAUGGGCCUCCUCCCCUCCCCCCACCAUCACUCCCCCCUCUCUCACCCGUGAGCGAUGCUGUUGUCGGGAGCUUCUCGUUUUUGUUGACCAUCCCUCCCCCACUGAUCAGAGGACUUCUGGGACAAGCAUGCCGGUGCACGGCAACACCAUGGCUCCGCCCUCCUCUCGCCGUCACCUCCCCCCCUCCCC